CGAGAUUGAAGAAAGACAAGAGAAAGAGAGAGAAACAGAAACAGCAACAGCAACAGCAACAGCAAAGAAGACGAUCGCCAUAGCCAUUGCUCAGACGUCAUUAAGCUCUGCUGCUCCAAACUUACUCAACCACGCGCUCUCUCUCGUAAUGCCGAAAAUUCCCUCACCUGAAACCCGAUUAUUCCUAUAAUUUUUUUCAGGUCAUCGAGCCAUCAAAUUGAUUGACACGAUCGCAGCUUCAAUUUCCUUUGGAGAUCUGGUUUUUCUUCCAUCGGAUUAGCCUUCUUGUAUUGUGGAUAAGAAUCUUCCUGUUCUCAUUGUAAGUUUUCUUCUUCUUCAUUUCCCCUUCCCUUCUUCAUCUUCGUCUUCUGCUCCCAUGCGUUUUGAUUUAUCAGUCAUCAAUUACAAUCUUCGAUUGUAUGAGGGUAUGGAGACGGAGGUGAGGAAUCAGAAUCAGAGAGGUUGUAAGCCUUUAGAACCGGAGGUGUUCUUACAGUGGGCAAAGAAGAAGCGACUGCGAUGUGCUAGAAUCAAAGACCCUGAGAUCUCCGAGCGAUUGUGCGGCGGUCUACGGAAGAAAAUCGCAUCUCGGGCCGAUCGCUGUGUGGUUUCUGGUUCCGAGAAAGAAAGAACCCCACUCCAACCUAAUCGCCUAACUAGGAAUUCUGAGGGCGUUACUACGCUGCGUAACGGUGCAGGCACAUCCCCGUCGCCGGAGAAGGAGGACCGUUACUACGCCACCAGAGGAUCCGCCGGCGCUGCUGUGGUGGAUGAGAAUGGAAGAAUCUCAACCAACAGCAACGGCAACAGCAACAACAAGGCGGAGGAAAGAGGGUUUGUUUGGCCGAAGCUGUUUAUAGCUCUGUCAAGCAAAGAAAAGGAGGAAGACUUCAUGGCCAUGAAGGGGUGCAAGCUCCCUCAAAGGCCCAAAAAGAGGGCCAAGAUGAUUCAGAGAAGCUUACUUCUGGUGAGCCCUGGGGCAUGGCUGAGUGAAAUGAGCCAAGAGAGAUAUGAAGUGAGGGAAAAAAAGAGUACAAAGAAGAGGCCAACUGGGUUGAAAGCCAUGGGAAGCAUGGAGACUGAUUCAGAAUGAAUUUUUUUUUGGUUCUUUUGGGAAAUGCUGAAUUGAAUGAAGAAGAGGAGAUGGAUAAUCCCUCAGUCACAAUCUCAAUUUCAACCUCAUCCUAAGGCUCUGCUUCUUCUGCUGUGCCCUUUUGGAGUUGUGGGUCAGAAUUUGGUAUUGGAUUUGAUGCUAAACAAGUCCAGUUUUGUGGGUUGGUUUAGUUUAUUAGGCAGAGCCGCAAAAGCGAUGAGUUGUUUACCAAAUUAAAGAAAAAGUUGCUCUUUUUUUUUUUUUUGUAUAAAAUGUAAUGUAAAAAAAGAAAACGAUUGUUCUUUAUAAUGGAAGGUGAAUUUUAAA